UAUAUAUAUAUCGAAACUCCGAAACUCAAUGCUUGUCUCUCUCUUUGUGUUCUUGUUUGGUCUUUGUUUACAGCAUAUAAUCAGAGACUCUUCAUAGCUCAUUAUUUUGACACGGUCUUUGAGUUUUGAAAUUAAUGAAGGUUCAAGUUCAAAGCUUGGAGCUCCAGUCAAAGCCAGCUUCUUCUUCUUCUUCUUCUUCUUCUUCUUCAUUUCCUUACUCUCUCGACGAAAUGGGUGUGCCAUCUUCGUCGUCUUCGGGUCUCAUUCACCCGGACUUUCGGAGCUCCGACCCGCUUGACUCACCCUCCUCCACCACCGACGAGUCACUGACGAAGAAGAAGAAGAAGAGGAUGUCUGACGUGGAGUCCACGCUCGCAGUGGUGGAGGAGGAGGAGAAGGAGAAGGAGUCUGAGGCUCACGCGCCGGAAAGCGCGUGUCCCGCGUCGGACGCGGCGGUGAGGUUGCAGAAAGUGUACCGGAGUUACCGUACGAGGCGUAGGUUAGCGGACUCCGCUGUUGUCGCUGAAGAGCUCUGGUGGCAAGUGAUAGACUUUGCUAGACAGAGCCACAAUACGAUAUCUUUCUUUAAUUUCUCCAAGCCAGAAAGUUUGGCUUCCAAGUGGAAUCGGAUUAGUUUGAAUGCUGCAAGGGUUGGCAAGGGUUUGUCCAAAGAUGCCAGAGCACAGAAAUUGGCUUUUCAGCAUUGGAUUGAAGCUAUUGAUCCGAGGCAUCGAUAUGGGCAUAGCUUGCAUUAUUACUAUGAAGAGUGGUGCAAAGCCGAUGCUGGUCAGCCAUUUUUCUACUGGUUGGAUGCUGGAGAAGGCAAAGAGCUUGAUCUCAAAGAAUGCUCAAGAUCAAAGCUGCGACAACAAUGCAUCAAGUAUCUUGGACCUCAAGAGAGGGAACAUUAUGAAUACAUCAUUGUUGAAAGGAAAAUAAUUCACAAGCAAACUGGAGAUCUCCUUGAUACUACCCAAGAUUCACAAUCAGCCAAGUGGAUAUUCGUCAUGAGCACCACCAAGAAACUGUAUGUUGGUCGGAAAAAGAAAGGAGUAUUCCAUCAUUCUAGCUUCUUAGCUGGAGGAGCUACGUUAGCUGCUGGAAGGCUAGUGGCAGAGCAAGGAAUUCUUAAGUCCGUAUCUCCAUACAGUGGACAUUACCGACCAACAGAUGACAGCCUUGACAGCUUUUUAUCCCUUCUCAAGGAAAAUGGGCUGAACCUUGAUGAAAUUCAGGUAUGCAAAGCCAAUGAAGAUAUGGAUGCCUAUGAUGAGGGCAAACUCAAUGGGAAUGAGACUUUAGUUGAAGGUUCGACGAAAUCAAAAACUCAAGAACUCGAAAUUCCAGAUGAAGAAGAGAAACCCUCAUCCCCAGAAUCAACUGAAUCUUCUCAAACUGAAACCAAAAACAUUUACGAAAGGACACUGUCUGGUGGUCUUCAGAGCCCGAGAGCUGAGGUUCCCAAGACUGCAAUAUUGCAACGAAUCAAUUCCAAGAAGGCAGCAAAAUCAUACCAAUUAGGCAAUCAGCUCUCAUGUAAGUGGUCAAGUGGAGCUGGACCAAGAAUUGGUUGUGUCGCUGACUACCCUGUAGAACUGAGGCAACAUGCCUUGGAGUUUGUUAGCCUGUCUCCAAGAACUCCACCCACACCAUCAGCCUUCAGGCGAAUGGCUGGUCUUGCAUCACCUACUGCAUCUAUAUCUCACCACCAGUCGGAUAUCAGUAAUGGUGAUGGGACCUCUGCUGAUUAAAUUCAUAUAUCACUUAGAUUUUGCAUCCUGCCUAACGAAUGCUUAGUGUACAUAUCUGUUCUUUAUGUCACCUAAAACUCUUUUGAAUGGUUAGAGAAUAAUGCUUUUUAGGUCUAAUCAUGUUCCAUAAUCUCUACUUAUUCUCUGUUUAACCCACUAUAUUGGAAUUCCAAUUGGUGGUCAAAAAUUUGAGGCAAAUUGUAGGGCGUAGAAGCUGUAUAAUCUCCUGUUGAAUCCAACUACUAUAUUCAAGAGUUCA